UCAUGUCUGAUGUAUUUGGAUGGGAUGUAUAAUUUCUUGUUCGGCCAACCUUGCUCGUAAUAUACUAGGAACUGGAGCUUUCAGAAAAAAGAAGGGAAAUAUUGAAUUUCUGUCCGCAUGCUAUGUGUGCAACUUUGGAAGAAAACGACUGACCACAUGCAUGUAUAUCCAGGCUGGGGAGGCAGCGUGCCAUUGGGCAUUGGGUGCCGGUGGGCUGGGCACGGCACGCUCGACAUGGACAGCCUCAGGACAGGCUGCUACGACGCGAGCAGUGACGAACGCUCCUUUUUGUCAUCUGACGACUGCUAUACGAAAAGGCCCGCCCAGGAGCAAUAGCAGCUGCCAUUCGUUCGUCCGUCCGUCCAAACGCUCAUCAGCUCGAGGUCGCCCUGUAGAGAGGGACAGAGGACGAUCUGAUCCGAGAUUGCACAUAUGGGUUCCCUCACAAGUACAGUCCUCUCUUCACCUUUCUCGGAUAGAUAACAAUUGCUACCUUUUGACCAUCAACUUUGUUGGGGAUCAAAGCAAGCUGGGAAUCUCACUCCAGUACUACUUGGCCAUUACUUCAGGUUCCUGGAUGAUGAGCUUAUGUGGGAACCCAGUAUGCUCCAACCAAGAUGUAUUUUCAUGUGCAUUGAAGGAGGUAUUCGACUCUUCCACUUGCACGAAUCAUCUGGUGGCGAUUGGCAUCGGCUUGCUGCUCAUUCUUGCAUUCGCACUCCAAUUGCUUUUCAAAAUUCCAAAGAGUGGAGCAUCUUUGCAACAUCUUGUCACACUCGGUUCACUACUUCAGUUGGCUGCAGUAGGGUUCAAUGGUUGCUUGGGUUUGGUUUAUCUUGGCCUAGGACUGUCGAUGCUCUGGGAUAUCUUCAAUCAUGAUCAUGAUGCUUCUGUUUACCUGCCACACUGGUGGCUUGUAGCAUUAUCUCAAGGAUUCACUUUGAUCCUUUCCAGCUUUGCUUUUAGCAUCAGGCCUCAGUUUCUUGGAGCUUCCUUCAUUCGAUUUUGGUCAGUUUUAGUGACCAUGUAUGCAGCAUUCAUAUGUUGUUCCUCAGUUGUUGACAUUGUUGCAGAGAAGACAAUCACCAUUAAGGCUUGCUUAGAUGUCCUGUCCCUACCAGGUGCAUUUUUCCUUCUACUUUAUGACAUUCUUCGUAGCCAUAACGAAGAGGGUUAUGAAGGAAUCCGAAAUGCUCUAUAUAAGCCCCUGAACAUCGAGGUAGACAUUGAAAUAAUUGAUUCUGACAGUCUGGUAACUCCUUUUGCAAAAGCUGGGGUUUUCAGCAAAAUGUCAUUUUGGUGGUUGAAUCAUUUAAUGAAGAUGGGUUAUGGUAAGCCCCUUGAGGACAAAGACGUGCCACUUUUACAAACCACAGAUCGAGCACAGAAUCUGUACUUGAUGUUCUUGGAGAAGCUGAACAGCAAGCAGUCCCAGCCAGACGACGCACCAUCAAUCUUGUGGACUACUGUUUCUUGUCACAAACGCGAGAUCAUGGUCUCAGGUUUCUUUGCUUUGCUCAAGGUGCUCACCUUAUCUACAGGUCCAUUGCUUCUGAAGGAAUUCAUCAACGUAUCACUUGGGAAAGGGACCUUUAAAUAUGAAGGCUUUGUGCUGGCUGUGACAAUGUUCAUGUGCAAAAGCUGUGAAUCUUUGUCGGAGAGACAGUGGUGUUUCCGCACUCGGAGAUUAGGACUGCAGGUGAGAUCAUUCCUGUCGGCAGCUAUUUAUAAGAAGCAACAGAAGAUAUCGAACUCCGCAAAAUUGACGCAUUCUUCUGGAGAAAUUAUUAACUACGUGACAGUCGAUGCGUACCGAAUUGGGGAAUUCCCAUACAUGUUCCACCAAACAUGGACAACAAGUGUUCAACUUUGUAUUGCUCUGGCAAUUCUAUACAAUGCAGUUGGUGCUGCAACAAUUUCAUCGCUGGUUGUCAUCAUUAUCACUGUACUCAGCAAUGCUCCUUUGGCCAAGCUUCAACACAAAUUCCAAAGUAAACUCAUGGAAGCACAGGAUGUGAGAUUGAAGGCCAUGUCUGAGUCAUUAGUUCAUAUGAAGGUCUUGAAACUUUAUGCAUGGGAAGCUCACUUCAAGAAGGUCAUUGAGGGCUUGAGGGAGGUUGAGUACAAGUGGUUGUCAGCGUUCCUGCUUAGGAGGGCAUACAACACUGUCAUGUUUUGGUCAUCACCUAUUUUAGUUUCGGCAGCAACUUUUCUAACAUGCUAUCUUUUGAAAAUCCCACUUGAUGCUAGCAACGUCUUCACCACUGUAGCAACUCUGCGUCUCCUGCAGGAUCCAGUUAGGUUAAUACCAGAAGUUAUUGCUGUUGUGAUACAAGCUAAGGUUGCUUUCACUCGGAUAUCGAAGUUUCUUGAUGCACCUGAGCUGAAUGUGCAAGUUAGGAAGAAGUGCUAUCUUGGCAUUGAUUUCCCAAUAUCGAUGAACUCAUGCGGUUUCUCGUGGGAUGAGAAUCCAUCAAAACUAACUCUAAGCAAUGUAAAUUUGGUAGUUAGAGCUGGAGAAAAGAUUGCAAUUUGUGGAGAGGUAGGAUCAGGAAAGUCGACACUUUUGGCUGCCAUACUUGGAGAGGUUCCCCAAACUGAAGGCACGAUUCAAGUCUGGGGGAAAAUAGCAUAUGUUUCUCAGAAUGCAUGGAUCCAAACAGGAACUGUGCAAGAUAAUAUCCUCUUUGGAUCUUUGAUGAACAGGCAAAUGUACCAAGAAACACUUGUGAAGUGCUCGUUGGUCAAGGACCUUGAAAUGUUGCCAUUCGGUGACUGUACACAAAUAGGGGAGAGGGGAGUAAAUCUUAGUGGUGGUCAGAAGCAGCGUGUUCAGCUUGCUCGUGCACUGUACCAGAAUGCAGACAUCUAUCUUCUUGAUGACCCUUUCAGUGCGGUUGAUGCCCAUACAGCAACGAGUCUCUUAAAUGAUUACGUAAUGGGUGUUCUAUCAGACAAGACUGUUCUUUUGGUGACCCACCAAGUGGAUUUUCUACCAGUAUUUGACUCCAUUCUGUUUAUGUCGAAUGGGGAGAUUAUCCGGAGUGCAACUUAUCAAAAUUUAUUGGGAGAUUGUCAAGAAUUUAGAGACCUUGUAAAUGCCCAUAAAGAGACGGUUAGUGUUUCAGAUCUUAACAACAUGGCGCCUCGUAGAACAAUGGAAAUACCAACCAAGGGGGCAGAUGAUAUUCCUGGAAACAGCUAUAUAGAGUCUAUGAAGCCAACACCAGUAGAUCAACUGAUCAAGAGAGAGGAAAGAGAACGGGGGGAUACAGGUCUUAAGCCGUACAUGUUUUACUUGCGCCAGGACAAAGGCUUCAUGUAUGCCUCUCUUGCUGCUAUUUGUCACAUAAUUUUCAUAGCUGGCCAAAUAUCGCAGAAUUCAUGGAUGGCAGCUAAUGUCCAAAACGCUCGUGUUAGUACACUGAAGUUAAUUUCCAUGUAUGUUGUUAUCGGAAUCUUCCCAAUGUUCUUUGUGUUAUCAAGAUGUGUAUUGAUGGUUGUUCUUGGGGUCCAAACUUCAAGAUCCUUAUUUUCCCAGUUACUUAAUUCAUUGUUCCGUGCACGUAUGUCCUUCUUUGAUUCUACUCCACUAGGAAGGGUUCUUAGCCGGGUCUCGUCAGAUUUGAGUAUCAUUGACCUUGAUGUUCCAUUUGCCUUCAUGUUUAGCUUUGGCUCCAUCUUAAAUGCAUAUAGCAAUCUGGGGGUAUUGGCUGUUGUUACAUGGGAAGUUCUGUUUGUAUCGUUGCCGAUGAUAAUUUUGGCAAUUCGGUUGCAGAGGUACUAUUUAACCACGGCUAAGGAAUUGAUGCGGAUCAAUGGCACUACCAAGUCUGCUCUAGCAAAUCACUUUGGUGAAUCGGUUUCAGGGGCUAUAACAAUACGGGCCUUUGAGGAAGAAGACCGUUUCUUUGCUAAAAAUUUGGAGCUAGUUGACAAGAACGCUGGUCCGUGCUUUUAUAAUUUUGGGGCAACUGAAUGGUUGAUUCUACGCCUGGAAACAAUGAGUGCUGCAGUUCUUUCUUUUUCUGCCUUUGUCAUGGCUCUUCUUCCUCCUGGAACUUUUAGCCCUGGUUUUGUUGGAAUGGCGUUGUCCUAUGGCCUUUCCCUAAAUAAUUCUUUUGUUAGCUCCAUUCAAAACCAAUGCAACCUUGCGAAUAAAAUAAUAUCUGUGGAACGGGUGAGCCAGUACAUGGACAUAGAAAGUGAAGCAGCAGAAAUUAUUGAAGAAAACCGACCGGCACCAGAUUGGCCCCAAGUUGGCAGUGUGGAGCUUAUAGAUUUGAAGAUUAGGUAUAGGAAUGAUGCUCCCCUUGUACUACGUGGUAUCACUUGCAAGCUUAAAGGUAGAGAUAAAAUUGGUAUAGUUGGUCGAACAGGAAGUGGCAAGACAACUUUGAUUGGCGCAUUAUUUCGUCUUGUUGAACCCACGGCAGGGAAAAUAAUUAUAGACUCUGUGGACAUCACUACGAUAGGCUUACAUGACCUGCGUUCGCGAUUGGGCAUCAUUCCACAAGAUCCAACGCUUUUUCUGGGCACAGUAAGAUAUAAUCUAGAUCCUCUUGGGCAAUUCUUGGAUCAACAAAUAUGGGAGGUCCUUGACAAAUGCCAACUUCUUGAAGCUGUCCAAGAGAAGGAACAUGGAUUGGAUUCUCUUGUUGCAGAAGACGGGUCGAACUGGAGCAUGGGCCAAAGGCAGCUCUUUUGUUUGGGUCGCGCACUUUUGAGAAGGUGUUGUAUCUUAGUUCUUGAUGAAGCCACUGCAUCUGUAGACAAUGCAACAGAUGCUGUCCUUCAGAAAACAAUCCGCACAGAAUUCAAACAUUGCACCGUCAUUACUGUCGCUCACCGUAUACCGACAGUUAUGGACUGCGAUAUGGUACUUGCAAUGAGCGAUGGGAGAGUCGUGGAAUAUGACAAACCUAUAAAGCUCAUGGAAACUGAAGGAUCUCUCUUCUGUAAUCUGGUCAAGGAGUAUUGGUCGUACGCAUCAAACUGAAACAUUUGAGAGAGAUUAUGAUGAUGCGUGUUUACUGCUGCAGUUUCUCGGGGGAUAUACUGGAAUCAGUUUCGGGAUGCUUUUGCCCUGAAAAAACCGACAUACAGUAAUGUUGUCGUGUCUCAGAGAAGUCCAUCUAUUUGGAAUCUGAAGAAGAUAUAAUGACAUGUAUCUUUCAGUUAUUUUCUGGAAAUUCUUUUGCUGUCUUUGUUAGCUGAAAUUUUAAGCAACUUUUAGCUUAGCUUAUUUAAGAUGUUGACCAUUGCGGCUGUCCGAAAGAGCUGAAGCAGAACAGAGCAAAUCCAUCCAUGAACAUUUCCUUGCUUCUACAAUCAGGUAUAGAAGGCGACACAGGAGGAACUUCAAUUCUGUAACCCAGCUGCCGCCUUGGAUACAUUGUGCAAACUGUUUAGGAGAGCAAAUGAAGUGAGUGAUGGUGUAUUUUGUAGUAUUAGCUCCCCACAUCAAUUUUUGCUA